AUGGGUAAUCGCUCAGCUAGAAACAAUCAAGCCUACGGAUCUGGUGAUCCAUAUUUAAAUCAAUACGGUAGUGGUUAUGGUUAUGGUGGUCAACCAGGACUAUCUGGAUAUGGUUCAAACGGAGGUUAUGGAACCGGUGGUUAUGGAGCGGGUGGUUAUGGACCAGGCAAUUAUAGCGCGACUACACCAGGAUCUCUGAUUCCAGAACAAUGGGCAGAAACACAAUGGGUUAGUCAGUAUGUUCCCACAGUAGCCGGACGACAAAAGCGACCAGUAAUUUAUAUUGCUGCUCCUAUGCCUGCAGCAAAUCCAUGUGGUGGAUUCGGUGGUGGUUUAGGUGGUGGUGGUUUCGGCGGUGGUUUAGGUGGUGGUGGUUUCGGUGGCGGUGGUUUCGGUGGUGGUCUUCCACUAGGCGGUGGUUUUGGUGGUGGUCUUCCAUUGGGAGGAGGUUUUGGUGGAGGUCUCCCAGCUGGAGGUGGUUUCGGUGGUGGUCUUCCGCUUGGAGGUGGUUUUGGUGGUGGUCUUCCAUUCGGAGGAGGUUUUGGUGGAGGUCUCCCAGCUGGUGGUAGCAAUAUGGGUUAUCAAGUAUUACCAAUGAUGACUGUUGCUUAUGGUGGUGGCAUCCCACCCAUGGGUGGUCAAUACGGUGGACUAGGCGGUGGAUUAGGUGGUGGACUAGGUGGUGGACUAGGUGGUGGUUUACCUCUCUUUUAA